UUAUGAUUUUUGACGAAAUUGUAUUGAGAUUUAAAAUAAUAAAUUCUUUUUCGUCAUCGGAAAUUAAACGCGUCACAGGUCUACAUUUUAUUUCAUUGAAAGUUUUUCGAUAGUCGCUUCAAGAUGGAGGAUACAGGUUUCAGCGACAUGUCGGCAGCUUUGAUAAUUUUAAUUGCGUAUGGAAUUUGGAUAUUGUUAAGGUUUUGCCCGCAAAACAGCGCCUGGUUACCCCCUCUUUCGUCAAAGCUUAAUAUUUUGGCCACCAGGGCAGCCAUGUUCUUUUACAAACUCGAAGCGUAAUCUUCGGUCAAUUCUCUUUAGACACUCAGUGCAGUAUCACGUACUUACUUACUUAAAAACUAAAGUUAUAGUUCAGUUUUCGAAAUUAUAAAUUCGAAAGUUUUCAUCAAAAUGUCGUGUCGAAGCAAAAAUAUUCUUGACAAAUUCCAAGUGAAUUGGAUGACUUUCCGAGAUGCAGAGACGGGAAAAAUUUUAUGGGAAAUAAAUCAGGAUUUAUCUAAUCCGGAUGUAGAGCACGAAGCACGUGUUCCCAAGCAAAUGUUGAACUGCGCGGCAGUUAUAAGGGAGAUUAAUUUCAGUUCCAUUGAGCCAUUGCGGGAGUUCCGAUUAGAGCAGAAGGUCUUUUACAAAGGAUUUCUUCUAGAGGAAUGGUCUUCUAAGUUCGGGUUCGUGAUUCCAGACACGACAAACACGUGGCAGUUUCUAAUUCAGUCUGCGCGUGAGUGCCAAAUGAUGCCGGCAAAUGUUCUAAGUGGAAAUGUCGUUAUUGAAACGAAAUUCUUCGAUGGCGAAUUAUUGGUGUCGACAAGUUACGUGCGCCUUUAUUAUGUUUAAAUCUUAGAGAAUAAGUAAUAGUUUAAUUAUUUCGUUAAAUUGUUAAUUACGUUUUAUUAUUUAUACUAAAGAGUAUUUUUAAGCCCUUUAUAAUAAUGAUUUAGUCACGAUUUCUUAACUAAUUAGUACUCAGUAAUUAUCAUAUUUGUAUACAAAUUUUUGAAACUUAGUUUUUUAUAUCAAUUACUUGUAAGUAUUUGUAAUUUUAAGUCUAAUUGAAAAAUAGACACCAAUGUUAAUAGUCUGUUACAUACUGGAAAAUCCAGGCUUACGAAAAAUUACCAGGUUGGUGGCGUUAGGGUGUCAAUCGACCCCAGGUG